AUGCACUGGGACACACCAGCUCGAACUGCGCCAUUCCUAUGGUGCAGGGAACACAGCCCCGGGCUGACACUCUGGACCUCUCUCCUUGCAGGAGGCUAUGAGCGGUUCUCCUCAGAGUACCCCGAAUUCUGUGCCAAAACCAAGUCGCUGAGCAACGGGUCGCCCCCCACCAGUGCUGAACCCCUGGACCUGGGCUGCAGUUCCUGUGGGACCCCACUGCAUGACCAGGGUGGACCGGUGGAAAUUCUUCCCUUCCUCUACCUUGGCAGCGCCUACCAUGCUGCCCGGCGGGACAUGCUAGAUGCGCUGGGCAUCACGGCCCUGCUGAAUGUCUCCUCAGACUGCCCCAAUCACUUUGAGGGGCACUACCAGUACAAGUGCAUCCCCGUGGAGGACAACCACAAAGCUGACAUCAGCUCCUGGUUCAUGGAGGCAAUUGAGUACAUUGACUCAGUGAAGGAGUGCUGUGGCCGGGUCCUGGUCCACUGCCAGGCUGGCAUCUCCCGCUCGGCCACCAUCUGCCUGGCCUACCUGAUGAUGAAGAAGCGCGUGAAGCUGGAGGAAGCCUUUGAAUUUGUCAAGCAGCGCCGGAGCAUCAUCUCCCCCAACUUCAGCUUCAUGGGGCAGCUGCUGCAGUUCGAGUCGCAGGUCUUGGCCACCUCAUGUGCCGUGGAGGCUGCCAGCCCCUCGGGGACACUGCGGGAGCGGGGCAAGGCCACCUCCACCCCCACCUCCCAGUUUGUCUUCAGCUUCCCGGUCUCCGUGGGCGUCCACGCCACCCCCAGCAGCCUCCCGUACCUGCACAGCCCUAUCACCACGUCGCCCAGCUGUUAGCUCAGGGGCCGAGACUGGCCAGGCGGAUGGUGCCAAGCAUGGAGGGGGCCGGUGGGCAUGGAGCCCUGUGAUGUUAAGCAAUAGUGCCGGACACUGCCGUUCACCCUGGACUCCACAGGGGUCUUUUUCGUAGAGAAAUUUCUUACCUCAUCUGGUUUUUUUCCCCCUUAUGUUCUGAAAGCAGGAAAGUUGUGCAAGCCACAAACCCUGACAUUGCCCAGGCUCUGUUUCAAGGGAGGAAAAAUAGAAGAACAGUGGGUUUCCCCAAGUGCCUGGCCUAAAAUCUCUGUCCGUCCCUCUUUUAGUCUCUUUUUCUUAAAGUAAAAAGAAUUGACCACCUCCCUUUUCCUCCUCACUUCUGCCUCCCCCCUUCCUUUGGGUUUUAACAGGGCUUGAAGAGAGAGUGAACGAUAAUCAUUACACAGCAGUUUCCCCCCCUUGCACAAGAGGGGCUGAGGGGUGUGCGUGUGGUGGGGGGGAUGCUUAUCUGAGCCAGUUUAUGCUGCGUGACCAGCAAGCCGCAGGCAACUGCGGGGCGAGCAGGAUGGGUGGCACGAGGCUGGGCUGGAGCCAGCAGGUACCUGCCAAGGCACUGACUGCUUGAGCCCAGUCCCAGGGCAGAGCAACCUCUGGGAUUCUCUCCCCCACCUCUCUAAUGUGAUGCAGGACACCUGUUUGUGUGGCUGAUGUACAUAUGGA